AUGGGGUGGUGGCAUCCUGUUGCCGCACAAUGUAUCUUCGCUUUGAGCGUGAUUGGCGUGACGUAUGGAGCCUGGCUAGCAAUAUAUCGGUUAUGGAUUUCACCACUCGCUCAAUUUCCCGGCCCGAAGCUGGCUGCCCUGACCAUGUGGUACGAGUUCUACUAUGAUUCUUUCCUCGAAGGCCAAUAUACUUUUCAAAUUGCUGAAAUGCAUCGAAAAUAUGGCCCAAUUGUUAGAAUCAGUCCGUUUGAGCUGCACAUUGACGACCCGGAGUAUUAUGAUGUUCUUUAUUCUCGCGAUAAACCACGCAAUAAAUCUUUACAUUUGACUGGUAUGUUCGGGGCACCGGCCUCAGCCUUUGGGUCAGUCGACCACCGCCGUCACCGAAUACGCCGUCAGCCCAUGAACCCAUUCUUUUCACAACAGCGAAUUCGAAAGCUAGAACCAAUGUUACGAGCAAUGGUUAUGAAGCUCUGCUCAGGAAUCCGAACUUGGAAGGAAAGAAAUACCCCACUCCAUAUGUACCAUGCUUUCAAUGCCUACACAACCGACGUUGUAGUGGAGUACUCAAUGGGCGAAUCAUUUCACUAUCUAGAUGACCCAGAAUUCACCCCGCAAUGGUCAAAAACAAUCGAAGCUAUUGUGCAAGUCGGCGUUCAAUUCAAACAAUUUCGCUGGAUUAUUGGCUUAUUCGAGCUGCUUCCAAGAUGGGCCGUUGUACUCAUCAACCCUGAUAUUGGCCCGGUAAUCGACCAAAAAGUGGAAAGUUUACGACUUGCGAAUUUGAUCAUUGAUAGUGAAACCCCUGGAAGAAGCUUGACCCACGAGAAGUUAAGUUUGCCAAAGGGAACUUUAUUCCAUGCAUUGUUGGACAGCAGACUUCCCGAGGAGGAGAAGGUACCUGGCCGCUUGAGCCAAGAAGUUUUCACUGUUAUUGCAGCAGGAGGAGAAACAACCGCAAAGAACUUGACAACGCUGACCUUCCACCUCUUGAGCAACCCGGACAAGCUGCAUCGGCUGCGGGAUGAAUUGGCCCAGCUAGACCCCAAUGGAACGGCGACUUUGGUGGAAUACGAGUCAAUGCCUUAUCUCACAUCUGUUAUGCUUGAGGGUCUUAGACUCACCAACGCUAUUGCCACAAGACUUCAGCGUAGCUCUCCAGAUCAGAUUAUGAUGUACAAGGACUGGGCAAUUCCCCCUGGGACACCAGUGGGAAUGACAAGUAUGUUCAUGCAUCAUAAUGAAAACAUUUUUCCCGACGCGGAAAAGUUCAUUCCGGAACGAUGGAUGAAUCCAGAGAAGCGGAAAGUUCUCGAGAAAUAUCUUGUUGCUUUUAGCAAAGGGUCGAGACAAUGUAUUGGCAUCCCCCUCGCGCGAGCAGAGAUCCUCUUGGCUAUUGCUACAAUCUUUCGAGAAUUCGAAAUGGAAUUAUACGAAACCACGGUUGAUGAUGUGCGGAUCGCGCGAGACAUGUUCAAUGGCCACCCCAAAAAGGGAAGCCAAGGCGUCCGUGUUAUGAUUAAGAAGUGGAAUGGACAUCCGGGGCGGGGCAAGUGA